GGGGUGAUCCGAGAAGUUGAGAGCGGUGGUGUAGUAAAUGCUAUACAAAUGUGGUCGUGUCUCGUCAUUACUCGCUGCAGCUACUUGUGUUGGAAGGUGACCGAGCUUCAAUGUCGAGCUCCUUGUCUUGAAAAUUGAAGUUCAGUGAUGUGCGAUAGUUGUAUUUGUACAUAGGCAGAGUUUCAGGUAAUCAAGUGCUCGCUUUCGUUGUCUCAUCAGCUCAUGUGUGCAGAUACUCCUUCAAUUUGGAGUACUGGAAGUGUUGAAGCAUUGUUGGAUGUUUCAUUCUUACUUUGUUAUGAUAGGUUUCGGGCGGAAGAGGAUUGCGUUUUGAGCAGAAGGCAACUUCCUUUUUCGAUAUUCGAAUGACCUGACUCUGUUCUAUUCGACACACCUCUUGACAGGGCUCCUGUCAAAUUUGUAAUACUGCGUGGUAAAGGUGUUCUGGGAGGCGCGUGCGAGGGCGGAAUACCCUUUGCGAGAAGGUCAUCCCGGGUUGGGCGUUUAACCAUGGAGACAACAACAGUCGAUUGUGGUUCCAAGCUGAGAAACUUAUCUUGGACUAUCUGAAUGGCGACAUUCUAAUCGGGGCUCGGCUAACUUGUUGCUAGUUUUUAUGGGCAAUUGGAAGUCAGCUCCACAACGAUCUUUCUUUUUGGAGGAAGAAACGCACCACCAUCUUUGUACCUGGGACGUCUUUGUUGUACAGAACGAUACGAAAAUGUGUAGUGAAACCUUGUAGGAUGAAUCGCUAGCCGAACCACUGGCGUGCAGACCGCAGAAUUUAAUUUCUUGCGAGAGUGGGGAGGCUGAGGUGGUGGGGCUAUCCGUAGGCCUCGCAAACGAUGGGCUCCACCAUCGAGCAAGUGCAGAAACCUAUGAUCGCCAGCCCCAGCGCAUGGGAGGAGUCGUACAGGCAGCUGCCUUGUCUCUUCUUUGGGCUCUUGGUCACGUGGAUGGUACUAGUGUGUGUGUGGACUCUGAACACUUGGACCAAGCGGCAAUGGCAGACUAGUAAUUUGCAAUGGGUAUUGACAAUUGUCCCAAUGCUCAAGGCGAUUGUCCUGGGCCUCUCCUUCAUAUUCUGGUAUUCGUGCCUGAACUUGAGCACUUGCUCAUUCUGGGUAGCCUUUGGAGUUUUUGUAACACGAAUUUUCUUCGAGACUGCGUGCUUUGUUGCCUUCCUCCUGAUCGCCCAUGGCUACUGUACUAUGCACGAGCAGCUUACUAUCACUGAACGCCGUAGCAUCGCCGGCCUUGCCUCGCUCUUGUACUUGACCCUCACUGGUUACAAAGCAGCUGUUCCUCAAUUUGGUGUGUUGGUGGUGUUAAUUUAUGGGCUACUUCUUUACGUCAUUGUUGUACACGUUGCUCGGAACCUGUCAGCACUGAGAGCACAGCUACAGCAGAUUCAGGAGGAGGGCAUUCACAUGUUGCAUUCAGCUGUUUACACCAAGUACACUAUGUUCAAAAAUUUUCAGCGUGCAAUGCUGAUAAUGGCUGUUGCUGAAAUUUUGAUGUAUGGACUGGCUGAUGGUAUAGGCAAGGAAUAUUGGGUGCGCCUGCUUCUCCGAGAGUUUGUAGAGAUUGGAAUCUUCUUCUACAUUGGAUGGACCUUCAGAUCCAGAGAGCUGACCCCAUUUUUCACCGUUAUUCCAACUCUGCAUCCCUCUGGUCAACGUAUCUUGCCACCAAUUUACUGUGUGGAAAUUAAUGAAAAGCAGUUUAAUAACUUGGAUCACAAAGAAUGGCACAUUGGAGUGCCAGCCUCGAUCUCUGAAAACGGAGGUACCCACAAGCCAAUGUUGGUGAUAGUGCAGAAUCCAGGAAUGUCUGAUUUUGCCUCCAGUGAUGACCUCGUCAAGAAACCAAAUAAGCUAGAGGACACUUUCCACAUGCGCCCCAACUUUCAACGGGUAGCAUGUCACACCCAGCCGUCAGUAACGUCCUCCAAGGGGCCCGGCCUAUUUUCAUCCAUGAUUGAUUACGAACGGCUGCAGCUUCGACAACGAAGUUGUGGAGAUCUCUCCUCAAGUAUUGAAUCUGGUAGCAGGAGAGACAAUCAAUUUCCUAGCUCUUGUGAGCAGAGUGUAAAAGAGGGAAGCCGAUUUCCUGAUGGUAAAGACGUCAAGAAUCCUAUAGUAUUUGUUAGCGAUGUAGUGGUGGACCUGAAAGGAUUGAAAGGCUAUUCACUUCUUCAGUGCGAAUCUCCUUGUGGUGAUUACCGAACGUUGCACUCUAGGUCAACCUCAAUUCUGACCUCGCAAGAGCUCGCUCCUCUCCAAUCCAGCAUUGUUUGAUCCAAUUUCCAUUACACCCUCGUUUUGUUCUUGCAACCAGCUACCUUCUCAAAGUUGGGUUGCUCGUGGAGGAACUGUGAGUCUUGAACCUAUUACCGAUCAUUCCGAUGGGCAUGCCAUCUUCUCAAUGACUAGGAGAAACAAGUAGUUGUAUGAUGUACAUAUAUAGAGUAGAUCAGCUUUCCUCAAGGAUGAGGUCGACGCGGGGAAUUAUUUAGGUAUAAUUCUUGGUGAUAUUGUAAUGUGAAAACCUCGUGCUGGAUCUGGUCAUCCUAAACCAUUAAUAGUUGUACCAUAUCCAUGUAUACAAAGUAUGCUUUGGACAAGAAUUCCAGUUUACGAGUACUUGACUGAC